AGUCUCCGUGUCCGAAACGAAAACCCUCACUCCCAACUCUGGAAACUUCAAUUCGAUUCGAUUUGAUUUGGUUCUCUCUCUCGACGUCUUGAAGCGCCGGAUAAUCUCCGAUUGAACCCCGAUCGUUCCGAAUCGGUCGACGAUUCUCGAAAACAUGCCGAAGAAGAUGGGCGUCAACAGCAAGGCCGAGGAGGCUAGGGCUCGGAAGUCCGCCACGGAGGCCGAGCGCAAGACGCGCGAGUCGCGCGAGAAGGAGGAGCAGUACUGGCGCGAGGCCGAGGGCUCCAAGUCGCGCUCCUCCAAGAAGCGCGAGGAGGAGGCCGAGAAGCGGGCCGAGGCCUUGGCCCGCAAGGCCGAGGCGCGACGGCUGGCCGAGCAGGAGGAGAAGGACCUGGAGAAGUCGAUGAGGAAGCCGGACAAGAAGGCGACCCGCGUGUCGGUCCCCGUGCCGAAGGUGACGGAGGCAGAGCUGCAGCGCAGGAGGGAGGAGGAGCAGGCCGAGAUGGCGAGGAAGGCGGAGGAGGGGAAGCGGAGGCAGAGCAGGACCGCCGCGGAGGAGGAGUACGAGAGGAUGGUGCUCGUGAGCAAUACGAAUCGGGACGAUUCAGUCGUUGAAGCAAGGACGGUGGAGGAUGCGAUAGCGCAGAUGACGGUUGCCGAUAGCUUGCCUGUUGAUAGGCAUCCGGAGAGAAGACUCAAGGCUUCUUUCAAGGCUUUUGAAGAAGCUGAGCUCCCGAAACUGAAGGAAGAGAAACCGGGUCUAACUCACAAUCAAUACAAAGACAUGAUAUGGAAGCUCUGGAAGAAAUCUCCUGAUAAUCCUCUUAAUCAGAUUGCUGAGUGAUUGCCGCUUAUAUUCAGCUUUUGAUGGUAAUGGGUUUUUGUAAACCUAAUUGCUAUCAACCGUUGUAUCCUGAUGGAUGAUUUGAUCACGGUUCUCUAUCCCCAGGGACUGGCAGAGUUGUAUCUAAAACAAUGUCUAUUCACUAUCCUCCAUGAGCUCGUUAUUCCCAGCAUUUCUUGACUUGGUUUAGUAUUCUCCAUGCUGUGGUUCUUCUUUUUCACCUAGUAAAUACUGUAUAUGCAAGAGACAUUGCACUGGUUUGAUUGCGAGUUGGUUACCCUCUUAUUGUCUGAGCAAAUGGCAAAUGAAAGUUAGUCAUA